AGUAAAACAUAAAAUGAAGAAAAAUAAGAAAACAAAUGAUGAAGAGUAUAACAAGUCAGAAGUAGUGAAAAGAUGUCAAAACAAAAUUUUAAAUGGAUGUAAUAAAUAAGAUUAAGAAAUUGUUUAUGGAAUUAAAUCAUCUGUUUCAUAACGUUUGAGUUCUACAUAGAUGAUUUCUUUGGAGUAGCAUAUAUGAAUAAUAUUAUUUAAUU